GGUUGUAUGGCUAUUAUCGCGUACACUGCAUGAUAAGUUGCUUAGUGCGUAUUAAAAUCAUUCAGGAAGUUUUAAUCAUGAACAGUUGUAUCUAUACAAAUAUCCAGCUGACUGAAAAAUACAUGUGGCUUAUCUAGUGUGUUUACAAAGUAAGAAUGGGUUUAAAAAAUGCAUUGAACUAUGGAUAUAACUUAAUAUGAGCAUUUAACAUAGUUAAGGAUUAUAUUCUUCAAAGAUACUACUACUAUUGCAGUAAUAUUGUAUUCGCUUGUCGUGCAGUUUUAAUAAAUAGUGUCGGUAAACAAUCUUGUUAUAUAGGCUUAAGCAUACUCUAUGACGUUAUGGUAUAAUUUAUUCAAUUCCAUUGAAUAAAUUACACGAUGUUGAUCUAAUUCUCAAACUUUUGAAGACUGAUCUUAAUGAAUAUGAGGUUAUACAUAGAUAUUUCAACAUUUUAUAUAAUUGAGGUAACAAACGUUUACGGGUUAUGUAAGUUCGAUUUAAUGAGGUAAAACUUUUAAAGCUACGAACAAUAUCUGAAAUAGACUUAACAUGUCGGACAGUCUGGAUGACAACUAUCACACACCGGAAGAGACUCUGUUGGAGGCGGCGUCAGGCAGAGACAUUCCCAUUAUCGUCCGCUUCAAUGAGACGUAUCAAAACGAGGACUAUGACGACUCCGGUUGGUUUGAGGAUGGCUUAGAGAUAAUGGUCGAAGGGGUGAGAUCGAUCGCGUACGCCCGAAUACGAGUUUUAGACGUUCACAACGAGAAAGAAGCGCAAAAGGCACACAAUGACGAUUUCGUGGCGGAGAGGCAAAUGUUCUUGGACCAGGUGUACCUGAUGCCUAUGCACGUCCCUUUAAAAUUGAAACUUGUCACCAGACCAGGAAAAUCAACUAAGUAUGCUUCAAUCGCUCAGGUGAUAGAAGAUAUGCCGGCGAAGCUUCUGGUCCACCAAGAUGUGAUUUCGAUCCCACCGGGCGGCGGUCAAAACACUUUGGUUCCGACCAACACGGUACUCACAGUUAAGCGCGUGUUUACGUGCUCUAUCGACAAGGCGCAAUAUCUCCAGUGCUCAUUCCAAUCGCAGUACGUGUCAUUCAAGGACACGUUACGCGUGCAGUUCAGCGCCAUCGGCGACGACUCUCUUUACACAAUGCGCUACUUGCAGAUGACCAACGUGUUUCCCACAGUGUUCGAGUUUCAGCAUCCAAAACCGGACGACGUUGUGCACUUCGUCAACUACGAUGCCAAUGCUGCGCUCAUAAUUGCUGAAGGCCCGCUGGAGCUGCUGGGUACAGAAUACCUAAACGUUGUCAUCGCCUGGAAACGCCAACACGAAGAAAAAUCUUACAGUACGUUAGUCAUACCAGAGUCUCGCGCUAGGACGCUGAUGGUUCAGAAACGUAAUUUUGAUGACAAAUUUACUAAGAACAACUAUAUUCAGAGAAAGUUUACGGCUUGCACACAUCUGGAUUUUGUCUCCGACAAAUUGUAUUUAAUACCACAGGAUCCACCGAACGCUGUGUGUCUGAAAAGUCCAAAUCUUUUCUUCUACGACCCAAAAGCAUGUAAACUCCGCGUGGCAAGAGACGGCAUUACAUUCAAUUCCUCCACGGAUGAAGAAUCAUACGACAGCGACUACACGGAAAUAGCCCCCCCUAUACCAGAACGAAUUCCAAUCACCUGUCCUCAGGCCUCUGAGUUUGCUAAGAAGAAAAUCGGCCUGUUUCGCAAUGUUCACAUGGAAAUCAAGAGAUUGUUUAAGAGACGACGUCGCAAAAUACGAGAUGAAACAAAUGCGAGAAAAAGGCGGGUAUCGUAUCAAUCCCAUGAUCAGGCGUUCACAAUCUAUGCCAGACAAUCGAAUUGACGAUUCAGACAAAA